AUGCGUUCGGCUAUCUUGGUCCACCUUUCGCUCCUCUUCACGUACACUCAUGCUUUCUUUUAUUGGCCCAGCCCGGAUUGUCUGGCCAACGGAGACUGCACGUUGCCAACAAGGAGGCAGUUGAAUGAUCAAGAUGCCCUCGGGUCGGAUGUAGUAGAAGAGUCUUCGAUCGAAGGCUCCGAACCCCAAAGAGUCGCUCGCGAGGUCCGACGGCUUGUCCGCAAGUAUGCGAGGUUCCAAUCUGCCGCCGUCCGUGAGAACGCAUCCAAGUCGAAGAGAGAGAGUCAGUACCGAAUCAUCAAGGCUGCUGAUACCACUCUAAAGAACGCUGCCAGCGUAGCUCAGGAUGGCACCGACUUCUCUUACUUCGCUCAGGUAAAACUUGGUGACAAAGAGAAGCCCCUGUGGAUGCUCAUGGACACCGGAGCCGGUACCAGUUGGGUAAUGGGUUCGUCUUGCAAGUCUUCAGCAUGCGAGAAGCACGGCUCGUUCGGCCCAGCCGAUUCCGGCACGUACAGGCCCAAAGGCGAGGACUUUUCCGUCUCAUACGGAUCUGGCGCCGUCAAGGGUGCAAAGAUUACCGACACCGUGUCUUUUGCGGGUAUGAAGUUCGACUUCGGGUUUGGUGUCGCCAACGAGACCUCGGAGGACUUUAAUCACUUCCCCUUUGACGGCAUUCUAGGACUUUCCAUGGCGGGCGGAGAGACGGAAAACUUCAUGCAAGUCGUCAAGAACUCGACACAGCUUCCUGCCAACAUCUUUUGCGUGUACCUGAACAGGGCUGCGGAUGGACCCAAUACGAGCGAGAUCAGUUUCGGUGUGUGCAACCCUGACAAGUAUACUGGCGACAUCACCUACACUGGGGUUGGGAACGACCUUGGUGACUGGGCAGUUCCUCUGGACGGUAUUGCAUAUGAUGGUCUCAAGUCUGGCGCAGCGGGCAAGCUCGCUUACAUUGACACUGGUACCUCUUACGUCUUUGGGCCCAAGGACGAUGUCGCUCUGUUCCACAAGAACAUCCCUGGAUCUACUGCGGAUGAGGAGGGCACAUCGUACAAGGUACCGUGCGAUAGCGACAAGGACGUAACAUUCAGCUUUUCCAACGUCAGCCAUGUCAUUUCCGCCAAGGAUUGGAGAGGUGGCCCUGGCAAGGACGGCACCUGCACAAGCAACAUCUGUGGCCACGAGGUUGUGGCUGGCGCUUGGCUCUUGGGAGACGUCUUUCUCAAGAACGUUUAUGCCGUUUUCGAUAAGGACCAGAAACGCAUAGGAUUUGCGAAGAGAGUCGACCCACCGCCAGUUACGACCACGACAAGCAUUGACUCUACGGCCACCCCACCGGCGGUUAAUAACCCCGGCCAGGGGGACGCCGAGCCGACAUCCGGGCCCGCACUCGGGUUGGGCGGUCACGAAACUGCCACUGGCGAGGCUGCCGCUGCGGAGACCUCGCCAGUAUCCCAGUCGGGUGCGGCAUCGUCUGCUGCCCUCACGAGGGUGAAGGCGGUUGCUGCCGCUUCCCUGUGUGUGGCUGCCUUGCUGGGGUUACACUAA